AUGGCAAACCGCUGCUCUGACCUCCUGGCCCCUAUUCAGGACUAUUUGACCCGCGAAUUCGACGGCAAAAUCCACGUGGAACUGUGCGAGGUGACGGAUAACACGGAGACGGCCGACGCAUUGCGAGAGGUGGCCGACAAGAUCAAACGCGACUUCAUCGUAUUGGCUGGAGACCUGGUGACGGACGUGGUGCUGCACAAUGUGGCGGAUUUCCACCGUAUCAACGACGCCAGCGUCACGAUGCUGCUGCGUCAAGAGGCACCUGUCAGCAAGGCGAAAGGAGAGAAACCGCGUCGCGAUAAGGACAUGACGGACUGCAUUGCGCUCGUCGAGGGCCAGCGGGACGAGGAGAACCGUGUCGUGUUGGUCUCCCAAGCUGUGCACAUGAACGAGGACCUGUACGUGCCCAAGAGUCUGCUCAAGCGUCGCAGCAACUUCGUGCUGCAUACGGAUCUGUACGACGGUCACUUUUACUUCUUCUCGCACUGGGUGCUGGAUCUGCUGCAGGAGAAGAAGUACAUUGCCAGUAUCAAGGCCGACUUGAUCCCCCAUCUCGUGCGUCGACAAUUCCGUGGAAAGGAGGCUCUGCCCGAGAGCGUGAGGAGCAAAGCCACUAGUAAACAGGAGCUCGCAGCUUCGCUUUCGCUGUCCGAGGAGAAGCACGACCCCGAGGAUCUCGUACGCUGCUUCGCCUAUGUGCUGCCGUCGAACGCCUACUGCGAACGAGCGGACACCAUCCCGGCGUACCGAGCUAUGGACGAGGAGGUCGGUUCUCGACUUCGCAUUAAGCGGUCGGGGUCCGUCUCUAACUAG